AUGAGCACCUACUUUCUUGUCAAUAUCCCAAAGUGUGUUACCACCGCAAAGUUUUCUCCAGCCACAGUGAGAAUAGCUGUAGCUCAGCUUCCUGACUCGUCCACUUUGCCAGGUAUGGGAUUUGUGUGUGUGUGUGUGUGUGUGUGUGUGUGUGCAUGUGUGCAUGUAACAUUUGAUGCAGCCGUGCAGGAAUGAGCGGGAUCCUGCCUGAGAGAUUUCGUUACUCUAAUCCAGAUAUGGAGAACUUGUGGCCCUCUAGAUCUUGUUGGGCUCCACUUCCUAUCAGCUCCAGUAGGCAGGAAUGAUGGGCAUUAUAGUUCAACAACGUUUGGAAGGCCAAAGGGUAGCCCCCCUUGGUCUAAUAAUUGUUUCCCUUCUAUUAAAAGUCUCACAUGUUUCUCCAGAGGACAAACCUCAGCAUUCUACUUUGAGCAGAAGUCAGCAGCUGAGGGGAUGGUCUGUUGCGGCUGUCUUCCAGAAGUGAUGAACCUGCGGCUGUGUGAAUUUUAAAAACUUAUUUCCACAUAGCUCCCAUGCAACCCACCUCAAGGGCAUUUAAAUGCCAAGUGCCUGAAACAUAGGGAAAAACAUUAACAUUCAUAUCCCUUUAUAUCCCAAGUGCUCAGUAUAUGAUUUUCAAAACCAGGUUUUAAAACUGCAGUCCAGCCUGAGAAAGUUUAAAAUAACAAGAGUCACCAGCAGAUGUGACCUGAGGGGGGGGGGCAGAUAUUUUCCUUAUCCUUCGUACAUCAGUCUUGUGGCAUCUCACAGACAAGCAAAACUUGCUGAUCAAGAACUGAAGAUAAAAACUACAGCAUUUCUGUUCCACGUUUUACUUCAUUCCUUUUCCAUUAAUGUACGUCUCGGCUGGACUUUCCAGUCCCAAUCCCUCUUGCUUUGAAAUGACCAACAGAAUACAUGGACAAUUUUUCAGGGACUCUUUCAUAAUGUAGAGAAUUAGCGACUGAGUGCUGUAAUCUUUUUCUCUUUUCCUUAUCUGGACAUGCAAUAAGAGUGCUUGAGGAAAGAAAAAUACAACAUAUUUUAUGCUUCCUUAUCUGUCCAUCUCACAAUAUUAAAACUGUAAAUGAGAACGUUUUUCUGUCAUUUAGCCAGGCCGUAGACUUGAGCAAUGGAAACUGGGGAAAUGAUGGGCUCUUUGCUACUGGAAAGGGCUCCCCAAGGAUGUUAUGCUAUGCUGUGGCUUAUUUAUGUACAGUAUUUUGACCCAAAGGCAGCCAAAGCGGUAACCAGCAUAACAGUACAAAGUGGGAGGGUGGGGAGUACAAUAAAUACAACUGGGUUUGACGGUUGGCCUGUAUUACAAAGAAAGGUGGUCAUAUAUUCAGGAAAAUGAAUAGGUUCUGGGUCACGUUUUAGUCCCCCUAAGCUCUUGGGCCAUGUUGUUCUGUUUGCUUGGAUUUACAGAUAUAGAGGGACACAGAGAGGUGCACACAAUCAUUCCCCCUCCAUUAAGCUGAAGAAUUUAGCAGAAUGAUGAGUCUAGUCUUCUCUCUACUUUCUUGGCUUUAUAUAAUCCUUGAAAUGUCUUUACCUGACACUACUUUGGAUGACAAGAAUUUGGAGCUCAUGAUUGCUAGUGCCUGUCCCUCAAGUGUCCCAUUUUAAGUGGGACAUACCAGAUCACAGAAGCCAAUCCCAGCUUCUGUUUGGAUCCCAGAAGCACUGGUGGAGGAAGAGGAGUGCGGGGGGAGCGCACCACCCCUGGCAGCUCCAUCCCGGUGGGGUGCCAUCGUGGCUGACCCCCCGCUAGGUGCCACGCCCCAGCAGGUGGUAUGCCAUGCCCCCAGGACACAUGCCAUGCCCCCGCCUGCUCUCCGCCCCCCGGUACUGGAGCGUGAAGCUCUGCCACUGCCCGGAAGGUCCUGUUUUUUCAUCUGGUGCGAGUCCAGAGUGCUGGACCAAAAGAUGCUCACUCUGGUGCAAGUCAGCAGGGCUGUGCCACCUCUGGUGUGAUCCUGCUAACGAGUGCCAGAGUGCCGGAACAGAAGAAGGUGCGUCCCUCCUGAUGUCCCAAUUUUGGGAACAAAAAUUUGGAGGGUAUGGAAAUAGCAUGUAGUGUUCUUUCUCAUUUCUACCAGUGCAGGCUUCCAAGAAGAAGGGAUUUCAUUUUUCAGUGAUCCAUUUUUGAAAAAGGAAAGGGAGAGGCCCCUCAAAUAGAGAAAUCCAGCGUGUCAAGAAGAAGGCUGGGCUAGCUUUUUAUGCAUGCAUAGAAAUUUAUUCUUGUUUGCAUAUCAAAGAUGCAAUCCCUCACCUGCCAUCUGAACAGGUGCCAUCCCAGAAGAGCUGUAGCGUUUUCUGUUUCUACAUGUUGAAAUGACUCUUUGUGCUGUACUGAUGAAAUAUGUUUGUGAUUAUCAUAUUAUGGGCUGUUCUUCAUCUUUUGAAGGUGUGACAGAUACUGAACAGAUUGAAAAUCUCCGCAAGACACCUCAAGCCACUCUUUAUUUUGCUGGGGAAUUCAAGAGUGUCUCCUGUGAAGUAGCUAGGGACAUUGUGGUACUGGAUUUAGAUAACAGCCAAUAUGAGCUCAUGACAGUCGUAGGCUACCAGGUGGGAUCAGAAUUUUGCCGUCAAACUAAAGGUCCCUUCUGCAAUCAAGCCCUCAAGCCAUCCACAUUUUAUAGGUAACUAUGAACACUGAUUGAAAUAUAUGCACCUCUGACUUUUUAAAAAUAAUGUAUAUUUUAUUUACAGACCAUGCACUAAUUUUAGAGGCUAAACAUUUGUACUUUUCAGAUGGUUACUGGUGUAUGCUGGGCUGCAUCUAGGCAGGGGUGGAACUGAGGUUGUAGCAUUCUUAAAUGGAAAACAGGACACUGCAAACAUCAAGCUUGUGUUUAAAAUAGUUUACAAUCUGCAGGAGAAAAACCUGUCACAUGGAACCUUGCCUUUGGAAUGCUCUCAGGAUAGGCACACAUGGAGAAUUAGCAUGAUGAUGGGGCAAAAGCUAGGCUCCCCUGGUUUUUUAUAUAUGGAAGAAAUCUUUUUAUAGGGAGAAGAAUUUUAAUACAAUCUGGAGUGGCAUAGUCCACCACAGGUUUACCACUUAAAUAAAAUUAGGCUGCAUUCUCCCAGGGCUUCCAGGAAUGGUGUAAAAAGCUUUCUUGUUCCCUUAGAAUGCUUGUGGGGUAGGAGAAACUCCCCAUCCUUUGCUUACCUAUUAACGAUAGAUCUUUUGGGUUUAACUAGUACCAUACAAAGGAUAAGUUUGACCUAUUAUGUAUGAAUGAGGUUGGCAAUGCGUCAGUGUUGGUUUAGCAGACCAAAACUUGAAUCCACUGCCUCUGGCAAUAGACGACAGAGGAGUGGCAUUGACCUGUUUCCUCCAGUACCCUUUUCGGGGCAUUUUUUAAAAAAGAAAAUUACUAUAUUCGUCUUCUUUCAGUAUUAAAUUUUUAUUGGUUUUCUGAUUAUCCAAAAUGUAUGGAAUCAAUUACAAAACGUUUUGUUACAUACCAACAAAACAGAACAAAAUAUAACAUUUAAAAUGGAUCUUGAGAGAGUUUUAUAAGAAAAGUAAGGUUUUCAGUAUAAAAUAGUAGAAGAGACAGGUUGAACCAGGUAAGCGAUUUUGGUUGUUAUCAAUAACUUUAUUAUGUUUGCACACUUUUAAUUAUGGCCAUUAUUUGCACACCACCUGCAUUUAUUUUCCAAUAUAAAAGCAAAAGUACAUAGUACCAGUAUUCUAAAAAGGCAACAUUCCUCCCAGGGCAAGACCAAAUUUUAAUAAUAGAAGCUAAGACUAUGGAUUCAGGAUGGUGGGUCGAGCAUUCCUAUUUAACAUGUUAAAACAUGGGGCAAAGACUACAGUGAGAUUGUCUCCAGUUCUAUUUUCAUACUUGAUAUUUUAAAGUGCAUAUGAAUUUUCCCUGGCCUUUUAAUCUCUAUUUUCUAGGGUGAACUUCUUUUUCUUGGAUGGCAAGUCUACAAUAAGAGCUCAUACAGAUUGGUCAACAGCAAUACAGACCAAAAAUGGUGAGUUUCAGAAAUGAAUAGAUGUAUCCUAGAAUGUAAUACGUUGCCCAGUUAAAAAACAGUUAAGGACAGAUAUGGUAGCAGAAAAUAUUCACCUACUUGGUAUGUGAAAGAUUUUGAAUCUGGGUUUUCCACUGCUGCGUAACCUAAGUGGCCAUUGAUGUACGGAUGCCACCCACUGUGUGAAAAUAAGAAUAGAUACACUUGUGAGUUGUGAACAAGCGGAACCUUAAAGUCUAACCACUUUUAUUAUGACAUUGGAUUCCAUACACUAGAGUCCACUUCACAGGUGCACAUGUAGGCCAGACUAAAAAUUGUUAGACUAUGCCACAAUACACUUUGCUUCCCCCACCCCCAAAAAACUAACACAGGAACAACUUUGCUGGGGUUUGUUUUUUCUGAUAUGGAGAAGUUGGUACUCUUCCUCCUGACCUCUAGUUCUCUGUGAGGAAGGAAUGUUCUUUCUGCAGGAAGGAGUGUUCAGUCACGUGGGACCACUCUGACACUUUGUUGAUUCAAUAGGAAUAUGUUGUGUGUAUACUCGUGUUAUACAAGUCCUGCCUGAAUACCUCAGGGCAAUAUUUUUAGUUGUUAUACAUAAGUAUAAAGUACUUCCUUAGUAGGGAUAUAAAAUGGACUUUGCCAAUUUAUAAAUGGACUUUGACCCAAUCUGUCUUGAUUGCUUUAAUUCAUGGGUAGGCAAACUAAGGCCCGGGGGCCGGAUUCGGCCCAAUCGCCUUCUCAAUCCGGCCCGUGGAUGGUCCGGGAAUCGGCUUGUUUUUACAUGAGUAGAAUGUGUCCUUUUAUUUAAAAUGCAUCUCUGGGUUAUUUUUGGGGCAUAGGACUUCAUUCAUGUUUCCCCCCUCCAAAAUAUAGUCCAGCCCCCCACAAGAUCUGAGGGACAGUGGACCAGCCCCCUGCUGAAAAAAUUUGCUGACCCCUGUGUUUAAUUCUUGAACCCGUUUUCCUUUUGCAUUCCAGUGACAAACUAUGAAACUGCUGAUGUGAUGUUUGAGCGAGCCGGAGGAAUGAUAGUAAUCACCAUUCUGGUCUCGGUUGGUGGGGCUGUCCUAGUGGUUGCCUUAAUUGUAGCAGUAGCUCUUUCAAAUAAGAAAUAG